AUGGCAACAAAUAGUCAGCCUGUUGUAUCUCUCAAACCCGAAAUGGAAACAAUAAAAGUGGAGAAUGAACAGAAACCUAAUGAUGUUGAACAAGGAGAUAAUACCAUUGAUAUUAAGUUCACUCCGGUUCCAGAACCCGAUGCUCGUCCUAUUUCCGAAACGGGAGCUACUCUGAGCUCAUCGGUCGUUAACAUGAUGAAUACUAUCAUUGGCGCUGGAGUGCUAUCGAUCCCCUCAACAAUCGCUAAAUCGGGUUUGCUUGGAUCCUUCCUCAUUCUGGCAAUCUCGCUUUACCUUUCUCUCGAAGGUGCGAACAUGCUGAGUAUGGCCUCUGUAUACACUUCUGCUGAUUCUUAUGGCGCAGUGGGAAACAAACUUAACAAUAAGACAGUGGGUCUUGUUGGUGAUAUCGCAAUGAUCAUAUUUGACUUUGGAAUAUCAAUUGCCUAUUUUAUCAUUUUGUUCGACCAGGCAGCUGAUCUAGUUGUUCUUUGGGGUAAUGUAUCUGCUGAAUCAAUGAGCACAUGGAAACCGUGGCUCAGUCUUAUCAUUGCUAUGUUAGUUGGAUUCCCUAUUCUAUGUAUUCCGACUAUUGAUGCUUUGCGAUUUACCUCGGCGGCAUCAGUAUUCUGCAUUUGUCUGUUUGUUGUUAUUUCUACGGGCAAGGGAAUCAGUCAGUUGAUCAAAGGAGGACUUACCUAUAAGUGGUUCCCAGACACCAUUCCGGGUUUGGUGAGCUCCAUUUCUGUGUUCUUCACCUCGAUGUGUUGCCACGUGAACAUUCCCAAGAUGACCUCCGAGUUGAAAUUCCCGUCAUCCAGCAAGUUCUCCAACAAGGUCAACAAAAUGGUCCGUGUGAACUGGAUUGCCUUCCUUAGUUGCGGAACCAUCUAUUUCAUCGUGGGAGCUUUCGGCUAUCUCGCCUAUGGCGAUCAAAUCGCUCCCAAUUUGCUGACGAACUUCACUAACGAUAAAGUUGGUUAUCUUAACGUCGUCAAACUCGCUUACGCCUUUGUCGUCCUCUUCUCCUACCCUGCUCUCGCUUUUGCCGCCCUCGUUACAUUCGACAAGUUGUGUUUCAAACAGCCUCGUCCUGCGCAUCGUCGCUACCUAGAGGCCUUUUUCUGGACUCUCCUGUCCGCCUUCGUCGCCAUCGUGUUCCCCAUUCUCGAUAAAGUCUUCGGUGUUACGGGAUCCAUGUGCGGAAUUCUCCUCAACUUUGCCAUCCCCGCGUUCUAUUUCGUCCUCAUCGCCAAGAGAGAGCGAGCCAGGAAGGCGUCCUCUCAGGGCUCCAUCUUCUCCUCCACGCGGGGUCGCUAUUAUUUUGCUUGGGUUCUCUUCUACAUCGGCGUUGUGGCUGCUGUUGUUUUCACGGCCAUCCAGCUGAAGGACGUCAUUUCUACGCUGAGCACGCCCGCUACCACCGAGGCUCCCACCUUGGCUCCUUCCUUGGUACCGACUGUGGCUCCUUCCAUCGCUCCGAGUGUGGCGGCUGCUGUCAAGUCAGUUGUACGCGCAAUCAUUCAUUAG